CUUGGAAUGUGGGGCUUUACGCACGUGACGUCGUCCCUCCGUGUAAACAUAAAUGAGCCGCGUAUGAAUAACGACUUUUAUUUAUUUUUAAAAAUAUAGUUACAUGAUUAAAAAUUUAAAGGAUCGGCCGUUUUUCUAUAAAAAGGAGGCAGAGACAACGCUUUUUUUUUUGUCUCAUCUCAAUCUUUCUCACUCACCCCAUAUCAUAACUUUCAUAAUUCCUAUCCACUCUUUUAUUGCAACUCUCAAACAGUUUUGUAACUUCGGAUCUUCCACACCGGCAAAACACUCGUGCGUCGUUUCUUCUUUCUUGUCCAGAUUCAUCUUCCGUUUUAGCCGUCCAUACGAAACCGUGAUCUUUCUUCUUUUAUACAAUCCCAAAAUUUUGCAUUCAGACUCUUCAAGGCCUCUGUUUUUUUUUCUUUCCGAAAAUGGUGUGCGUGGUCUCUCGUACGGGUCGUCAGUUCCAAAGAUACAACAAGGGACGUCGUCAAGUCGUCGGGUGUAUUCCGUAUAGGCUUAAGAUUUCGAGCGAUGGCACAAUUAGCGAAGAAUUUGAAGUUUUGGUCAUCUCAUCACAGAAGGGUCACGCUCUGAUGUUCCCAAAGGGUGGUUGGGAGCUAGAUGAAUCUGUAGAAGAAGCUGCUUCAAGAGAAUCUUUGGAAGAAGCUGGAGUUAUUGGAAACGUUGAGAGACAACUUGGAAAAUGGGAUUUCUUGAGCAAAAGCAGAGGAACAUUCUACGAAGGACUAAUGUUCCCGAUGCUUGUGAAAGAAGAGCUUGAUAUUUGGCCUGAACAGCAUCUUAGGCAGAGAGUGUGGAUGAAAGUAGGUGAAGCAAGAGAAGCUUGUAGAGAUUGGUGGAUGAAGGAAGCUUUAGAUGUUUUGGUCCACAGGCUUUCUUCAUCACCAUCAACGAAGAAGCAUGUGGAAGAAGACAAGAACAUUUCGAUGCUUUACUCUAUCUGCUGAAAAGAAAACUAAGCUGACGUGCUCGCAAUCACUUUUAGUCUGAUCUUUGUAGAUAUUAUCUUACGCCAGACAGAGCAACGGAAUAAUUGUAGAUUCUAUAGAUUGUUGUAAUAAUGUUUGUGCAACUCCUUAGGAUGGGAGGAAGAAGAUAGAAAAGCAAAGAGUGCAAACAAAAAAUUCUGUAUAGUCACGUUUCCUCUCUUUGCAUCUCUCCCCCUAUCAGAUUUGAGCCAUUUCACAAUGACUCUAUAAAAUAUACAUAAAAUUAAUAUUGCUAUACAAUUUCUUUAUUUCCCACCAAAAAACUAUCUGAAUUCUGAAGUAUGUUUUUGCUA